UGUUGUCGCCAGCGUCACACUAUACUUAGACGUCGGCGGGUCAGUGCGUUGCCGUUUAAGAUACACUUCGAACGAAGUGAAAGGGCCGUUUAAGAGGACUACUAGUUCCAUGUGGUACAAUGUUCAACAUUAUUAAGUCCAAAGCAUUAAAUGGUAUCUGGUGCCAAUGCAGUGGAGCAACCAAAACUCAUUUCAAUGUUGAACGAUUAGCGGCGGUGUUCCUGCUUUCACACCGGAGACUAGAAUCAAGCAGUUCUAGGGACGGGGUUUAUGAUAUAAUAAUAUCGGGAGGAGGAAUGGUGGGAACAGCAAUGGCCUGCUCUCUAGGUCUGGAUGCAAAUUUGGACGGGAAAAGGAUUCUUCUGCUAGAGGCGGGCCACAAGAAAGAGAUGGAUAAAGCUCCGGAGACCUACAGCACUAGAGUCAGCUCCAUUAGCCCCGGCUCAGCCACGUUCCUCAGUGGUCUUGGGGCAUGGGACCAUGUUAUGAACAUGAGAUGCAAGCCCUAUCAGAAAAUGCAGAUUUGGGAUGCAUGCUCCGAUGCCCUCCUCACAUUUGAGAAGGAGAACUUGCAGGAAGAGAUGGCGUACAUCGUGGAGAACGACGUCGUCGUGGCCGCCCUCACCAAACAGCUGCAGACACUGUCAGAUCAUGUUGAUGUGAAGUACAAGACCAGGGUGGUGAAGUACAAGUGGCCAAUGGGCUGUCAGAUGGCCGACUCCAUCCCCUGGGUACAGGUGACUCUGGCCACUGGAGAGAUUCUGCAGACAAAACUUCUGAUCGGUGCUGAUGGACCUAACUCAAUGGUUCGUCAAGAGGCUGGGAUCCCUACAGUGAAGUGGGAUUAUGAUCAGUCUGCUGUUGUGGCUGUGCUUCAACUGUCAGAGCCUACAGAGAACAUCGUUGCUUGGCAGAGGUUUUUGCCAACUGGACCGAUAGCUAUGCUUCCGCUUUCCCCUACAGAGAGUUCACUGGUGUGGUCGACCAGCCAUCGCCAUGCAGAAGAACUUCUGGCCCAGGACGAAGAGAGCUUUGUAGACGCCAUCAACUCUGCAUUUUGGAGCAAUGACAACCACACGGAGCUGACGGAGAAGGCAGGGUCCAUGUUUGGGUCGGCCCUUUCGGUGCUGAUGCCAUCCAGCACGUCCACGCGUCAGCUGCCCCCCAGCGUGGCAGGCAUCAGUCCCAAGAGCCGGGUCAGGUUCCCACUAGGCAUGGGCCACGCCUCCGAGUACAUCCGCCACCGCAUGGCUCUAGUUGGGGAUGCUGCACACCGCGUACACCCAUUGGCUGGUCAAGGUGGCAAUCUUGGUUUCGGGGAUGUGGCCUGUCUAACACAGACCCUCAGUCAAGCAGCUUUUAAUGGGAAAGACUUGGGAGACGUGCAGCACCUCCUGGAGUAUGAGACGGAGCGCCAGCGCCACAACCUGCCCAUGAUGACCACCAUCGACCUGUUAAAGCGGCUCUACUCAAACAACACUCUGCCCUUUGUGCUGAUGAGAUCCUUUGGGCUCCAGGCUACUAACUCCCUUCCUCUCUUGAAGGAGCAGAUUAUGGCCUAUGCCAGCAGAUGACUUGUACUAUCCCAGGAAUAUAACAAGUCCACAACACCGCCCAAAGUGUAAGAAUGUAAGAGUGUAUAUUAAUACAUUUUUUCCAAACUGUUUUUUUUUUUUCUGCCAUAUGCCACAUUUUGGGUAUGCUGCUAGAUGAGUAUGGUGGUCUGUACAUGUUUGUGUUUGGCCACUGUUGGGACUCUUGUGUGAUGUUUGAGUUUGAGGGGGGGGGGUAUUUACAUGGCACAGUGGAUAUAGUAUGUGUAGUAUUUGAGACUAUAUUAAGACUCUUCAUACAAUGACAAACAUUACAUGUUUUGGUAUGGGAUGUCUUCACACAAAAAUCGUAUUGUGUGAAAUAUGUUGCAACAAAAAAAAAUGAGUGAUCAUUUAAAUGUAAUAAACAAUUGUUCACAUUUAA